AUGAUAUCUCUAAUCUACUCCCUCCUGCUAUUAGCAGCCUCGGGCUCAUUCGCAGCGGCCGCCUCGGACAAACAGCUCAAGCCAUGUACCGUCAUCUCGCCCACAUCCGAGCGCUUCUUCGAUCUGAACCCUAUGCGGCGCCUUCCGCCAUCGGAAGCAGAUGGCAAGAAAAGUAGCAAAAAGGAGAGCGAAGAAGGCAGCUGGCAUGCUAAGGGUUACGACUACAAUGCCAACUUCACAAUCAACUUCUGCGGACCAGUGGUGGAAGAGUUGGAUAAGGUGCAAGAUCUAGACAAGGGACUGUGGGGGAACGUCAGUGCAUUCUAUGAGAGAGGAGAUAAGCAAUGGGCGAUAGGUCUCGAGAACUCUGAACCUAUCUUCCGCGGUCGCAAGCUCAUUUUAAACUACACUGGUGGUUCGCUCUGCCCCUCCUUGUCGUCAAAAUCCAAGCGCACGCUCGAACCUACUUCCCUCGAUACCCGCGAGAUCAUCGAUGGCGACGACGGUGACGAUAAAGAUGACGGAGACAAGAAGAAGAAACCUUCCAAAGACACGGAGCGUCGCAAGACAACCAUCAUCUCUCUGCUUUGCGACAACGAUCCGCUUGCGAAAACCAGUGUAUCCUUUGUCGCUGCAGUAGACGACUGCUCGUACUUCUUUGAGGGUCGCUCACCCUUCGCAUGCGGCGGUGUACAUCAGGACACUCAGGCACUAGGCCCCGGUGGUGUCUUCGGUGUCAUCGUAUUGAUUGCUGUACUCGUAUACUUCGCUGGUGGUUGCGUCUACCAGCGCACAGUCAUGCACCAGCGCGGAUGGAGACAGCUGCCCAACUACGCCAUGUGGGCGGGCAUCUGGCGCUUCUUCUCUGAUAUGUUCAUCAUUCUUACUUCGUCGUGUGCGCGCUUCAUGCCUUCCCGCCGGGGCUACAGUCGCGUCUCGCUCGGCCAGGAUAGCGGGCGGAGGGGGCGCAGGAAUGAAGAUGAGGAUAGGUUAAUAGACAACCUGGAUGAGGAGUGGGAUGAUUAG